AUGCAGUUCCACGAGGAGCUUCUGCGGUGGGAGGGAGCGGAUGAAAGCGCUGAGAGCGCGCUCCGGGAGCGGCUGGCGCGUUUGGUGCCAGGGAAGUGUGUUUUGGAGUUGACCGAGGAGAACAUCUUGUCCUAUGGGCAAGGGGAUUGGAGUCUGAUCGAGCGCGAUCUCUUCGCCGCGUUUUCUGCGGACCUGGCCCACUUUCUCUUGAAUUGCUUCAGAGAACUGGUGCAGACCUGCUUGGUUGUUCGGAGGGAGUUGAUCAACUACAAAAAGCUUUGCCUGCACAUGUGGCAAGCAGGCUCGCUUCUGGAGAAGGACCUCCGUCAGUUGGCGAGCUUCUUCUAUUGUGAGCUGGUCAAGGGCAGCAACAGCCCUGAGCAGGAGCGCUAUGUGAACAUCGCCAACGCCUUCAAUGAAUGCCGUGGGGCGCUGGCGGUGAUCUUCGAUGCGCGGCACUUCUCCAAGGCCAUCUGCGCCUGGCCGCGCCAUGUGAAGACCGGGGUGCCGUGGAAGUUCGAAGCGCUGCCGGAGAGCCUGGAGCUUUGGAAGCCCUUGGAUGAGGCCGAGCACUUCUUGGAACAUCACCAGGAGAUGGAUGCGUACUUCCAAGCCAUUCAUGAUGGCAGCCAGGAGGUUCCAGCCAUGCCGCGGCUCCAGAAGACUCCUUGGCGCUCGGAGCGGCAGUUUGUGGAGUCUCCCUUGGCCUCUCAGGGCCUCCAGGAGAUUCUCUCUUCCGUGAAGGCUGCUGGUUUGGAGCUGCCUGCGCGGGCGGACGACUACCUACGCUUGGUCUUGGUGGCACGGGGUGCGUCGAAGGCCCUGGCGCUGCGGUCUGCGCUGGGACGCUACGUGGAGGCACUCCGAUCGGCCUCCGAACGCGCCAAGCGGUUGGGGGAGCAGCUUGAAGAGCUGGCGUCGAAGUCCUGGCAUGGCAGCGCCAUUUCGGCUGGGCUACAUUUGCACUGUACGAGGCACAUGCUGGUCCUACAGGGCCUACGUCCCGUCCUCGCUGAGAUGCUGCGGUGGCUGGAGCCGAUUCAAGAGAUGAGGGCGGACGGCGAACGGCUCUUCGUUUCCGGCGCCAAAGGGGCGGCGGCGUUUGUGCCACGUGGAUUCGGCGACCUCCUGGCGCCCCACCGCGCUGCGGUCAAGCGCUUCCGGCCUUUGAUGCUGACCGCGCUCACCGGAGCUGGGCCGAGUGGGUGGCCGCGCUCGGCUCGACCAGGGAACCAGAAACACGUGGACGCUUGUCGCAUGUGCUCCGUGGAACUCAGCAGGCUUUGGUUGCAUCGAUCUCUUUGCCUUUUGUGCGAAGCGAAGCUUCGAUCGCAGGGCUGUUGCCCCUAUGGCGGCGACCGGUGUCUGCGGAGCUUCUGUCCACACGAGCAUCGCUGCGUGGUGUGCGAGCAGUGGUCCUGUGAGCAGUGUCAGCUUCUUCGUGGUGAUGGCGAAGACGUUUGGCAGCUGGUCAACCAGCGACCUGUGAACCUGCUGUUCUUGGACUUCGACCGAACCCUUUGCACGACCAAGGCCGGUGGCUCUCCUUUGCAGGGCUCACAUCGUUUGGACACAGAUCUGGCCACGGUGUGCCGCAUGAACUUGAAGGUGCUGAUCGUGACGCGGAGCUCGCGGAGCGAAGACAUCGUGGUCUUCUUGCGGCGCCACGGCAUUCGUGCACAGAUUGGAAGCGAAGGCCUUCAGGAGGUCGACCAUUGCCAGGGGAACGUCCAGGUGGUGAGCGUGAAGCGCGAGGGCUUUCCCUCCAAGGCCGCGGCCAUCCUCGCCGCCUAUGACACUGAUGCAGCUGGUCGAGGGGGUGCCCUCUUUGUGGAUGAUGACAUCAAGGAGCUCACAGAUCCCGAGUUGGGUGAACUGGUCCAGGAGGGCCGGCUGCUGCGGCUGCUCUUUGUCCGCUCAGGAGGGAAGGAGUGA